AUGAAGUCUUCAAUUUUACGAGCAGUAUUUUUUGCUGUAUUCCUAUUACAGACAGUAUUGUCAGAAAACCGUACUAACAUUGAUGUCCAUGGCUAUUAUAUGUUGAAUAUUACUUCUAUGGGUCAAGCUUAUGAUUGUGAUUUUUAUGCUAAUAUGACAGUUCAUGAACAUUCAACGUUUAUAUUCAACAGUUAUAAUUUUCAUCUGUAUGGUGGCAGUACCUUUAUAAAUAAAGGUAUUUUUUACUCUCAAAAUUUAGGAGCUUAUCCCUGGUAUGAUCCAACUCAUAAUUCCGGUCUGAGUUUUAAACUUAAUGAAGGACAAACUACAGGGGGAAUCCACAAUACUGGCUUUUUUAUGUAUAAUGAUAAUACUACUAACUGUGGUCCACCUACUUAUACCAUACAUGGUAAUUUCUUCAUUAAUGAAGGAACUUUUAUUUUGGCAGGUUGUCAAGCCUGUGACGGUUCUACAAAUAUCAUUAAACCAUACGGAACUAAUGCAAUUUUUCACAAUACAGGUAUCCUUGCAUAUAUGCAAUAUUUUAUGACUGUCGGUGAUGCACCAAGUACAUAUUGGGGUUCUGAUUCAGCUUGUACUACUUCCGGGGUGGCUACUGUUAUCAACAAUGGAUCUCUUUGUUUGUUUAAUAACAACCCUGUAUAUCAAGGUUCCCAAUAUGCUGGAAAUGGAUGUAUUGAUAUUGGUAAUCAAAGUACAUUUUUUAUGAGGUGUGCUCAGUUGUUUGGCCUUGAUGGUAAUUUACAAACAUUUUACCUUAGCACAAAUACUUCAGUGUUGUAUUUUGAUAAUAUUGGAGUAUCCAAUGCCCCCGCCACUCCAUACCUUGUAAGUGGUUGGGGGAAUAAUAAUCAGAUUACUAUUCACAUUUCAGAUCCAGUUUGGAAUUACGAUGGUAAAACUUUAAGCAUAACAGCUGCAUCUGUUACAUAUCAGUUUAUCAUUGGUCCUGGAUAUGACUCGUCUUUGAUAAGUUGGAGUCAAGGUCCAUCCGGUAAUAAUUUAAGGGCAGGAGGCGCUCGUUUCGUAUACAAUGCCCCACCCCCAGAUAGCUCAAGGCCAAGCGUGUGUUUACCAUGUCCAACCGUCAUACCUAAAUUAUAUGAUAUAUUACAAGACCAACCUGAUUAUACGACAACUUUCACAACUACAAAAUCAGAUGGUUCAGUAGAAACUGACUCUGGAGUAGUCCACGUAACAAAUACCGACGGAACUAUCACUACAACUACUUCCUUAUUCCCAAAUGAAUAUACUACUACAUUCACCACCACUGAAUCUGAUGGGUUUGUUGCUACUGAUUCCGGGAUAGUAUUUGCAACUACUGAUAAAGACGAGUAUAUAGCAUUGGAUGAAGAUGUUGUGAAGUUACAAGAAUUGGAUGGACCAACAUUUGAGAUGACAGGAGGUGAUAUCACUGUUAAUGGCUUAUACCUUGAAGCAGAUAAAACCAAUGGUAUAUAUUUAGGUGAUACACCUUUCGGAGGAUGGCUGAUAGUGGAUGAUCCAAUUUUAUCAUUGAAAGGCUUUGGAACAGAAUUCUAUAUCUGUCCAGAAGAGGAAGUUCCUUUACAGCUUAUUCUGAUUGACUGUAACUGCUUUGUUGGUGAGUUACAUGUUCUGGAAGACGCACCUACCUCUAUCACCAAUGGAGCAACAGUGGCUUAUGUGGCAAGUGAAUGUAAUGCUGAAACUAUUUCUAUUUCAAUUGCGAUUGGAACUUCUUCUGAACCUUCACCCACUGCUACAUCUUCUACUGCCACUCCUACUGUAGCUACAAUAACUACAACAUAUAUCUCCAAUGAAGUUAUUACAAUCACCGAUUGUCCAGAAACUGUUACAGAUUGUCCAUUGAAUUCAAUCAGAACUACCACAAUUAUUCAUACACUUACAACUACCUAUUGCCCUGAAUCUGGAGUUACUUCUGUAGAAACUGGUACAACUUCAGACACUUAUACAACACCAAUUGUUAAUAGUAACAGCGUUGGUGAGGUUAGUACUGAAUGUGAUAGCAAUACAAAUAAUGAAUCUACUAUCGUAAACAAUUCUCAAACAAGCACCGAUUCUACUGUUGCAAACAAUGCUCCAACAAAUACUGUCAUCACUACACUGGAAGCUCAUUCAAGUAUUAAUUCCGUUGCUUCUUCUUCUACUUUACCAAGUCCUACGCCUAGCGUUUCAGUUGACGAAAGUGGAGCGCUGAGAAAAAAAUGGAAGAUUAUUUCUUCACUUCUUGCAUCAGUUAUACUCCUUGUUUUCGGUUAG